CCCACCAUAUAAGCUCUUCUCACCCGUUCCUGGCGCGAGCACGACGUCCGCGAUCCACAAGUGAGCUCUCCCAGCUUGGCCGUGUUUGCUUGCCUCGUGUUUUCUGAGCAGGCGCAUCAGCUAUCCCGCAAUCACGUGUGUCGCGUCCCCGCCUCUUCUCCUCAAAUACCCCGCAUCUCGUUGGAGGCGCAUCUAGAAGCAUUGAAACAGGUUACUGACCACUUGAGCGGGAAUAGAAAGAUGUCGACCGUGCAAGUCGAGAAAUGGGACAGCGUUCCUCUGGCUCCCGCUGACCCCAUCUACAAGCUGACCUAUGCCUACAAGGAUGAUACGUACCCUCAGAAGGUCAACCUCGGCGUCGGAGCAUACAGGGAUGAUAACAGCAAGCCGUGGGUGCUGCCCGUCGUGAAGAAGGCGACGGACAUCCUCCUGAAUGACCCUGCGCUCGACCACGAGUACUUGCCCAUCACCGGGCUUCCCGACUUUACGAACGCCGCUGCGCGCCUCAUCCUGGGACCCGACUCCCCCGCGCUCCUCGAGGGACGCGUGUCGAGCGUGCAGACGAUCUCAGGCACAGGUGCGAACCACCUGGGAGGGCUGUUCCUGAGUCGAUUCUAUCGCUGGGAUGAGGGCACGCCCCGCGUGGCAUAUCUGAGCGAUCCGACCUGGGUCAACCACUUCCAAAUCUUCCGUGGCGUUGGCAUUCCGCCGGAAACGUAUCCGUACUACGACCCCGCCACCAUCGGUCUCGCGUUCGACAAAUAUCUUGCCUUCCUCAAGUCGGCGCCCCCACGCUCCGUGUUCGUUAUCCACGCGUGCGCGCACAAUCCCACCGGCGUGGACCCGACGCGCGAGCAAUGGCUGCAGAUUGCGGAGGUCGUGCUGGAGCGCGGCCACUACGUCUUCUUCGACUCGGCGUACCAGGGCUUUGCCAGCGGCGACCUUGAUGCAGAUGCCUGGGCUGUGCGGGAGUUCGUGAAACGCGGUGUGCCUCUGUUGAUCUGUCAGAGCUUUGCGAAGAACGCCGGUCUGUAUGGCGAGCGUGUCGGCGCACUGCACAUCGUGUCUCCGUCGUCGGAGGCUGCCGUCCGGGUCAAGAGCCAGCUCGCAAUUUUGACCCGUAGCGAGAUCAGCAGCCCGCCCGCGUAUGGCGCCCGAGUGAUGGCGCUCAUUAUGAACAACGCCGAGCUUUUUGAGGAAUGGAAACGCGAUAUCAAGACCAUGGCCGAGCGUAUUAUUACAAUGAGGAAGGAGCUCCGUCGCCUGCUGACCGAGGAGCUCAAGACACCCGGCAACUGGGACCACAUUGUGAAGCAGAUUGGGAUGUUCAGCUUCACUGGGAUCACGACCGAGCAGAGCCUCGCGCUGACGGAGAAGGCGCACGUAUAUCUCACGACGAACGGGCGGAUCUCGAUGGCGGGGCUCAACAGCCACAACGUCCGGUACUUUGCAGAGUGUCUAGACAAGGUGGUGCGGGGACAGUUGUAGAGCGGCGGGCGCAGAUUGGGCCAGGCGGUGGGGCGGGCGGCAACCAAUAGGGGCGUGUAUGAGCCAUGAUUGUAUUGGCCGGGCGAAUUGUAUUGCGUGUGGUACAGAUGCCGAGUCGGCCGUCCCGAGCGGGAGGGGGCCUUGGCCUGAUAUGGGCGAGGCUGCGGGCGUGGGAAAUGACGUCGCGUGAGAGUGCCUGGGAGGCGCCGUCGAGCCGGG